AAAGAGUGGAGAGUUUGCGUCGUGCGCACCGCCGUGUGUUGAAAACGCAGUGAAAAGCGAGAUCGCGAAGGCAAGAGGUGGUGGCGGCGGUGGAGGAGGUGGUGGAGGAGGCGGCGGCAGUGGCACUCGGUCGGUCGGUCGGUCGGUCGGUCGGUCGGUCGGUCGGUCGGUCGAUCAGUCGGUCGAUCAGUCGGUCGGUCGAUCGGUUAGUUUAAAGGGCCUUGCGAGUAGUUCGUCGAUCGAAUAGCCCAGGGCCCCGAGUGUGUCCGGACUUGGGCAGAGAAGAAGGUCGCUCCACGAUAAUCCCCUCGGGUGCUGCUGUUGAUGCGCCCGUUUCGGGGAGCGCGCAGCACGGCUAAGCUCGUAAAGCCGCGUGUUAUGUAAGAGUCGGAGUGCGGGAAAGAGCCGUGGACUGGGAAGGCGCGAGCCGCCGAUGGUGCGCAACUCUACCAUGGAGCCGACGUUCUACGAGGAGCAGGUGGGCUCGAUGUACGGGCCCGCGGCGAGUCGCAUCGCCGGCCCCGCCCUCGGCAGCGCCAAGCGCGCCAAUCUCAACCUAAGCCUCGAUCUGAACGGCCGCCAAGGUGGCGGGCAGUGCGUGAAGAGGCCGCGACUGGGUCCGCUUCCGGGCUCCGGGCUCAACGGAAUAGCGCCCAUCCUUGCCUCACCGGACCUUCUCAAGCUCGGCUCGCCCGAGUUCGAGAAGCUCUUGAUCGCCCAGCAGGACGGCCUCAUUACCACCAUGCCCACGCCCACCUCGCAAAUAUACUUCGAGAAGGCGGUUACGGAGGAGCAGGAGCAGUACGCCCGGGGCUUCGUCGACGCACUCAACGAGCUCCACCACUCGGACAGUUCGCAGGAGCCGGGCAGCGUGCACGGCGCGACGUAUACGACCCUGGAGCCCGCGGGCGGGGCCCUCGGCCAGGCGCUCGGACUCGUUCAGGUGAAAGACGAGCCGCAGACGGUGCCGAGCGUGUCUAGUUCGCCCCCCAUGUCGCCCAUCGACAUGGAGUCCCAGGAACGGAUCAAGCUCGAGCGUAAGCGUCAGCGAAACCGCGUCGCCGCCUCCAAGUGCCGCAGACGCAAGCUCGAGCGCAUAUCCAGGCUCGAGGACAAGGUCAAAUUGCUCAAAGGCGAGAACAGCGACCUGAGCCAGGUUGUCAACAGGCUAAGGGAGCACGUGAGCAGGCUUAAGGAGCAGGUCAUCGACCACAUGCACUCGGGCUGUCAAAUUGCCCCUGUGCCCGGAAUAUUCUGAAAAGGUUCGCCGCCGCCGCCGCCGCC